UAUGUUUCACACCGGUGGCUAUCAUGCUAUGAUGUGGCAGUGAACACAAAACGUAUGUCUGAUGUCCACAAGGUGUUCUAUUACUCAUUCUUAAGAACUGAAGACCAGGCAAUAUACUCCCAAAUCAUAGAUGAAGUGCUUCAGCGAAGACGAGUUGGAGAAAAUGCAACGAGGGAAAUAAGAGCUAUCCAGAAGGCCUUUGGAAAGAAGAAACUUACGACUGAUGGCAAGAACAGGAAAGGACGCAUCAUUGAACGCCUUUUUGAAAAAUCUGUGAAGUCAGAGUUAACAUUGAAUUUCUACAUUUCAGUCCUACCAAUGCUGAAAUGUUAUGUAACCAUGUUUGAAACAAAGGAGCCCCUUAUUCAUACACUUAUGGAAAAACAGGAAAACCUGAUGGCCAAGUUUCUGGCCUGUAUCGUUAGACCAGAAGUUGUGAUUGAAAAGUCAGGCAGUAAGUUGUGCAAGGUAGAUUUGGGAGAUGAUAGUGAUGUUUUUCUUCUAAGAGAGAAGGACAUGUUCAUCGGAGCUGCCAACAAGAAACUUAUCUCUUCACUCUCAGGCAAAGACCCAGUUGUGCAGGAUUUCAGAAAGCGUGCUGCCACUGCAUAUAUCACUUGUGCCAGGUAUCUGCAGCACAAACUUCCUCUGAAAAACCAAGUACUUCGUGCUGCUUCAGGUAUUAGUCCAGAUCGCAGAGCUUGUGAAAACCAUCAAUGAGGAUGAAGAGGAUGAUGAGAAGUAUACUGUGGAGGUGAAGGAC